AUGAUGGCUGUGCUGGACGGGUACACGCGAAUCGCCAAGGUGCUCUUGGAAGCCCGGGCUUGCCUGGAGCGUUGUCGCGCAGAUGGCCUGAGCCCAUUGCAUGCUGCCGUGCUGCGAGAGGCUACCCUGCCCCCUCGCGCAGGCGAAGCUUCGAUGAUUGCAUUGUUGGCAGAGGCCAGGGCCGAUCCUGAGGUGCGAACAAGACAAGGGGUGUCACCGCUAUCCCUUCUGAUGAGCUCGUCCGUUAAUGCUCCGCACCGAAGCACUGCCUUGCACAACCUGAUCGACAUCAAGGCAGAUGUGAACCGGCCCAUUGCGGGAGACGGCACGCGUCCUCUUCAUGCUACGGUUCACCACAACCUACGGGUGGAAGCAGCCCUGCUCUUGGAGCGCGCUGCAGAUCCUAAUGCGGCGCACGACGACGGCACUGCGCCGCUGCACCUGGCAGCCUCAGCCGGUGCCGCGCCCUUCGUUGACCUUCUGCUGAAUAGCCGUGCAGAUGCGACGGCCACCACCCAGUCCGGGCAGACAGCGCUUGAUCUGGCCAGGCAGCAUGGGUUUCGUGCCAUUGAGGACCGCUUGCGGCAAUGA